UCUAAGACAUGCGCGUCGCCGACAAACGUCAACGUCGCACGGCCUGCCGCGACCGUCUGAAUACUUUUCGCGCCCCUGCGUUUGUUUACCGAAGUCGUGGCGUCUCUUCCGUUUCCUUCGACGCGUGUUUUUGUUUUUUUUUUCGAAACAUUUAUACGUAACGCUCCCCCGGUGUGGUGGUGCCGCGGGUGCCGCGAGUGUCGCGAUGACCACGACGUCCUGAAGGUGUUUGGUGCGCGUUUUCAGUAAUUGCGGAAGGACUGACGCGCCGGCCGUCGGCGUUUGGUUUUAAAGUGUCCGGGGGUGCCGGACAGGUUCGCUCGUCGUCGGGGCUGCCGUCUCAGCAGAUGGGAGUGUUUGAGGAGGCCGCCUCUCACACGCCCGGGAUGCAUUGGCAGCAAAACGAACAAUACAUUGGCCCGGCGUACGAUCCAUCACGAGACCUUUCGCCCAAUCUGCCUUCAUGCGAUUCCUCAUCUAUGGGUGAUCCGUCGGCGGCGACUGGCAUCCCGGGCGACCCCAGCAUCACCUCCAGCGGCGGAGGUAGCGGCCGAGGCAGCGCGUGCAGCACCCCUUCGAACAACAACCACCAGUCCUGCGGGUCGGACAUUUGUCGUCCGCCACCGAAUCAUCCCGCUUGUGCCAACGAUUCCUGCCGCACCCUGUCGAAUCAUUCGUCGGGCAAUGCCGAACCUUGCCGAUCGGUCGUACCGUUCGGGCGGCCUGCCCGAUCCGUGACACCUGCCGAAUUGAGGAGACCGCAGUCCUCGUUCGAGCAUCACAUACCGAAAAUAGAGCCGGAGCAGCCACCUUCGAACCCACCAACGCCACCGUCUAGCUGCGCGGAUGACAGUGCGGUGGGUGUGGUGGUGUGCGCGGGGUGCGGUACGCGGAUCACAGACAGAUACUAUCUCCAAGCGGUCGAGAGAAGGUGGCACGCAACUUGUUUGCAGUGUUGUCAGUGUAGAAACAGUUUGGACGGGGACAUAACCUGUUUUUCCAGAGACGGUAACAUAUACUGCAAAAAAGAUUACUAUAGAUUGUUCGGGAUGAAAAGGUGCGCGAGGUGUCAGGCGACCAUCUUGGCGUCGGAAUUGGUGAUGCGCGCGAAAGACCUGGUGUUCCACGUUCACUGCUUCUCCUGCGAGGUGUGCAACGCGCCGCUCACCAAGGGCGACCAUUUCGGCAUGCGUGCCGGUUCCGUCCUCUGCCGUCUCCAUUUUGAAAUGCCGCCCAUUGAAAUCCCGCCGUCUGGAAUGUUCGGUUUCCACCACCCCUACGCUCCGUCCUUUCCUAGUCCAGAUUUCCAUUCGACGAUGCCGCCGCAGGCGGCGCCGCCGCCUCCGUCGGAACCCCCGGUGGGGAAGGUGUCCUUCUUCAAUGGGGCGCCUGGUAGCACUCCCAGACAAAAAGGGCGACCCAGGAAGAGAAAGCCCAAGGAUUUGGAAGGGAUGACAGCUAAUUUAGAUUUAAAUCAAGAAUACCUAGACAUUCCAUUUGGUCGGUCGCCUGGUACUCCCGGACUUCACGGGUCCAACCAGAGGACGAAACGAAUGCGGACCUCCUUCAAGCACCAUCAGCUUAGGACGAUGAAAUCCUACUUCGCAAUCAAUCAUAAUCCGGACGCAAAGGACUUGAAGCAACUAUCGCAGAAGACUGGUCUGCCCAAGAGAGUUUUGCAGGUGUGGUUCCAAAACGCGCGGGCAAAGUGGCGGCGAAUGAUGCUGAAGCAGGAAGGCAAAACGGGGGAGAAAUGUUCCGGUUCGGAUGCCAUGAGCGACAUCGACAUGUAUUCCCAUGGCGGACCCGGUUCGAUAGGCAGCAGCAUAUCGAUGCAGGCUCACAGUCCACCGUUCAUCUUACCACCGGGCAGCCCGUCGUCUUUGGAUUGUUCGUGAAACGAUAGAAUGAAACAUUCGGACAAUCCCAUCGAAAAUCAAAUCGUGUGUGAUGAAAGUCCGGCCUUGAAAGCCGGGCCAGAGAAUCUCCAAAAACAGUUUCGUUAUAAAUAACAUGGUGCUGGCUCUUAAUCUAGUCUGGUAAAAACGCACAUUGAUUUCGAACUGCCCAAAUUUAGAAACGGGUAAGCAAAAUUUGUAGGGGAGGGGGGAAUCGCGACACCAAUAUACCAUGACCAGAGAUAUUGUGUUUUUACAACCGGCCCUGUGCUGCCCCUUAUAGAACAACCUGCCGAGCAGUCCCUUACCCGUGGCUAUUCCAGGACCGUCCUAGGAAUUUAUCUAUCUAUACUAACAAGCGGGAUAUAAGUAUCUUUCUCGCCUAGCAAUUCUUGAAACAUUUACAUAAAAAAACUGGUACAAAGAAACAAUUAUUACGUUCUAUUUCAUUAUAUUUCUACAUAGUAUCACUAUUAAUAUACAAAAUAUUAAAUUAAUAAUAAUAAAGUUCAGUCAAAAUCGUCCGUGGCCGAUUUUGCACUCGCAGGGGCAAAACUCGAGAAUUAGGUACAUAAAAAUUUUUCAAUUGCAUUUAAAUAAUUCACCCUCCGUUGCGAAAUUCUUUGAGAUUCCAUUGGCCCCUGACGAGGUACUUCUCUCACUUUCCUCUUGAUUUUUCUUACAAUUGACUUCGGAAUGUCACUUGUUUUUGUUGCUGCUCCUCCCCUUCUGAAUGUCUUAUAAAAUUGUAAACAUUCAAAACAAUUUGUCUAGCAUCCGAAGAAAAAUAGAUCCGUUUUUUAUUUGCCGAGUUCUACAUUUUCAUUGGGUUCGACUUGCAUCUCCACUUCGUCUUCAAAUUCUGCGUGGUUUUGGAACAGGAACGUUUAAUGUACCUUGUUGUUGUUUAUUUACAAAUCGAAGCACUGUAUAGAAGACAUAAAAAUACAAGAAGAUGAACGUUGUUAAUCGACAGGCACACAAGUCAAAAAUAUUAUUUUCAGUACCCUUUGAAGGAUCCAGUGAAAACAGCCUCACAGUAUAUACGCAAUUUAGAUUACAGUCACCUGCUGUUAAAAUUUAAAACGGUCCAUUUACGUUUCAAAUAAAAACUUCAAGUUUCUACAAAUAUUCGUUACGGUCCAUCUCAGGCAAGAUUUAUCACUGUUCUGCGAAGCUUUGCGGUUAAGGUACUGUAAAACACUAAAAACGUCAAAAGAAUAAAUGCACUAUAUUUUUGGUCGUACAAUAACAAUUUACAAGUAAUGUAAUAUAAUACUGUGCAACCAGUGUGGUAAACGGCAUUAUAUUUUUUAUGCAGGUGCAACUAGCAUUUUAUGAUUUUUACCCUAUAAAACGUUAGCGUUACAGAUUGAAAAUGGUUUAAUGCCAAAAACAGCACGCAGAGAAUUAUUACAGUUAUGGUUGCAAGCAACAUAAGUGGUUCAGAAAAGUUGAAGUGGCUAGUUAUCGGCAAGUCAAAAAGCUACCCUGUUUUAAGGGCAGAGAAUCAGUUGAUGUGGACUAUCAGUAC